AUGCGCCCUGAUCUCAUAUUGAGAUCCUCGAUCAGGGUGACUGGCGCCGUUGCAGCGCUGUCCAGCGGGGUGAAGCUACGCAUGCGAGCGGCAGGUCUUACGGCCACGACAUCAUCACUCCAUCAUUCAGCACAUGGGCCACCGGAUUCGUCUGUCGGAUGCAAUGCAAAUGAGUCGUACUCCCCUUGUGGGAAGCGUGGAGUUAUGGCUGCUUCUGCCGCAUCUCACCGUCGUGAUUGGCUUCAGCCUUCUGCUCUGAUGGGGAUCCAAAGAAGCUUCAUUGCUGCGAAAAGGCCACUUGGAUUCCACCUUUGUCGCCACUUCAGCACGAGGAAUAUAAGCGGGAGGCUAUUUUACCGGCGGCGUCCCAAGAUGAUACCCCGCUACAAGCCGAAGAACCGUAGGUCGUGCUGGUUAGAAGGCUGCCCUCAGAAGAAGGGCGUCUGCGUGACGCUUAGGGUCGUGACACCGCGUAAGCCUAAUUCUGGGUUGCGCAAAGUAGCCAGGGUGCGGCUGAGCACUGGAAGAACGGUCACGUGCCACGUACCCGGCGAAGGCCACAACCUUCACACGCAUUCGGUGGUGCUGGUGCGUGGCGGUCGCUGCCAAGAUGUGAGCGGGUGCCACUACAAGGUCAUUCGCGGGAAGUAUGACCUGCUGCCGGUGAAGAACCGCGCUUCGUCGCGCUCCAAGUACGGCAUAAGGCUGUCCGACGCUGUUAUUGAGAAACGCCGCCUGCGGAAGAACCAGUUGCACGUCAGCACCGAGUUGGACCGAGAGGUGUUUAACACGCUGCUUCUACACGAUUGGGUGAACCCGGACGGAUCGCGGCGCACCGAGCCCUUGGGCCCCGAUGAGCCUGUUCCCGUGGACAUUUUCAACUUCAACAGCCGUCUUCGCAGCAUCGUGCACGCCAACAAGGGCUAG